AUGGGCCCUCUACUGCGACUGGCUCCGAAUCUCACGGCGCUCGAGGUUUGGCCCGCUCACCUUGGUUACGGAAAUUUGGACUGGAGUGGAAUCACCACGUUGAGUCUCGAGGACGCCGAUAUCAGCGAAGCGAAGAUGAUUGAAGUCAUCAGGUCUUGUCGUGGGCUAAAGGAAUUCACCUUCUCGCCAGACCAAACAACAGCUCCGAACGAAAUCAUGGCAGCUGUCGCGAUGCAUACAAGCACCCUUAAAAAGUUGGAUCUGCAUUUCCACACGGAGUAUGACGAUGAUCUCUGGAUAGGCUCACUAGCCAUGUUCAUCUGUCUCGAGGAACUUUCAAUCUACCCAGAUGAUAUGGGUAAAAGUGGAAACUGUACCCUCGAGACGCUACCCUCGAGCCUGCAAUUCCUAAAAAUCAACGGCUAUCCUCUUGAUUACCGCGAAGAGAUUGAGUCGCUGGCUAGCAAGAUUCGGACUGGAGGCUAUCCCAGUCUCAAAGAGGUCUGCUUGCCUGUCUGGGAGUGCGACAGCGAUCACCCAGGGCCAUGCCGUGGCAUUUAUGUCAAUGAGGAUCAUGGAUAUGAAAGUGGGAUUGAUGAGCACGGAUCUGACUGGGAAUACCUCAGUGGUGAUGAAGAAGCAGGAUGUGAUGGUGGGAAAACAGUUCAUGAUCUUCGAGCCAUUUUCCUUGAGGCUGGUGUUUCUUGCACGAUUAGGUAG